GAAGCUGCGGUCACAGUGCGCAGCUCCUCCGGUAAACUGAUCCCAGAGCAGCGGACUGACGCUCCGAGCACAAUGAGCGUCGGUCAGUCGGUGAUCGUGGACAUCUGAACCUGAGAGCAGAGCACAGACGGACUGUCCACAUCAUAUCUGGUAGACAAUACGUUGGAUGUUUGUUUGAGCUGAGCUCCUCUGGACUGCAUAGGUGUCUAUAUGGAGAGGCAGGUGGUGCAGAGGGCCAAGGAGGCCUUCCUGAGUGGCAGGACUCGGCCUGUGGAGUUCAGACUGCAACAGCUUCAUGCCCUGCAGAGGAUGAUCACUGAGAAAGAGACAGAGAUCUGCACUGCUCUCAAACAGGACAUCAACAGGAGCCAGUAUGACACACCCCUGUUGGAACUGAUCGGCAUUGAGAAUGAGAUCAAGCUGGCCAUAGAUAAGCUGGCAGAGUGGGCAGCUCCUCGGUCGGUAGAGAGGAACCUUCUCACACUCAGAGAUGAGGUUUACAUCCAGCCAGAGCCCCUGGGAGUGGUGCUCAUCAUUGGGGCCUGGAAUUACCCCUGGGCUGUCACCCUCCAGCCGCUGGUUGGAGCUAUUGCUGCAGGAAAUGCAGCUGUGGUGAAGCCAUCAGAGCUCAGCGAGUACUCGUCCCUCCUCCUCCGGGCGCUGCUGCCUCGCUAUCUAGACAAGGAUCUGUACCCAGUGGUCACAGGGGGAGUGUCAGAGACCCAGGAGCUGCUGAGGCUCAGGUUUGACCAUGUCUUUUACACAGGCAGCAGCUCAGUAGGUAAAGUGGUGAUGGAGGCUGCAGCUCGCCACCUCACCCCAGUGACGCUGGAGCUGGGAGGGAAGAGCCCCUGCUACAUCGACAAGGACUGUGACGUCCGAAUCGCCUGCCGUCGUAUCACAUGGGGAAAGUUUGUCAACUGCGGCCAGACGUGCAUCGCUCCAGACUACAUCCUGUGUGAGCCCUGCAUCCAGGGCCGGGUGGUGGAGUGCAUCCGACAGACUCUACUGGAAUUUUAUGGUGCCGAUCCCAAAUGCUCACCUGACUAUGGCCGAAUCAUCAACCAGCGUCACUUCAACAGGAUCAUGGGUCUGAUGGAGGGUUACACUCCUGUGGUGGGAGGACAGAGUGACUCCUCACAGCGCUACAUUGCUCCGACCGUGCUGAAGGAUGUUCCCCCCCAGUCCAGGCUGAUGCAGGAGGAGAUCUUCGGCCCUCUGCUGCCCAUAGUUACUGUCAGUGACAUGGAUGACGCCAUCAACUUCAUCAAUGAGAGAGAGAAACCGCUGGCUCUCUACAUCUUUUGCACUGACAAGAAGGCAGUCAAAAAGAUGAUUGAGGAGACUACGAGUGGAGGAGUGACAGUAAAUGACGUCAUGAUGCACUACACAGUCAGCUCUCUGCCGUUUGGUGGUGUUGGACAGAGUGGUAUGGGCCGCUAUCACGGCAAACACACCUUCGACCAGCUGAGCCACCAGAGGGCCUGCCUGGUCCGUAAGCUGGCCAUGGAGAGUGUGAACCUGGCCCGCUACCCUCCUCAGGACCGCCGGCGGGCGCGCAGGGUCCGCAUGGCCCUUAAGUCACCUCUGAUUGACAUGUCCAAGAGGACGCUGAUCUGGGCCAUCACUGCCACCGUCAUCGGCUUUGGCCUGUUCGUCACCCUGAUGGUCAUCCUGCUCAUAGCUGCAGGCCUCAACUGCACCUGCUGGUACUGGAGAGGCUUCUAUAACUACUUCUAGAGACUCUACGGUUCCCUUUGUAAGAUCCACAUAACAGAAGAGCCUGCUACAAUUAGUUCUGGGCUCAAAAUACACACCGAAUCUUGUUUUAUAAUAAGAUGUUUUGAAGAUAAAGGAUAUAACCUUUUGAUGUAACUUCUAUUUUCUGUGUGUCUGUUUUGAAUCAAAUGUCUUUAUUCAGCAGUGAAGCAAACAAGGUUUGACACUGUACAAACAGUUCUGUCCUUCUUUUUUUUGUAUUAUUAGGGAUUAACAUUUACUUUUUGAGGAUAUAUUAUAUAAAUGCAAAUACCACAGCUGACUUACAGUAUUGUGCAGACAAAUGAUGUAUUUUGCUUUUGUUCCAAAAUUAAAAGGUUUGUUCAUAUGUUA